AUGACUGUUGGCAAUAUGUACGAACCGACUCCAUCGUUGAGCCUUCAUCGCUUGAGCAGGCAUAGCCUCCAAGAUCGCUACGAGUCAGACGAGGAGGCUGUGUCUGAAUCUGAUACAGGCGCCCAGGAUUUACUUUCCUCGCCCGUAGGCUCACGAGCUGGAAUCUUCGAUUCAGAUCUUAGUGCCGACGAUAACUCUCUGGACCCUGAGUCUGACCAGGAUGAACAAAUUCUCGCUCCGCCAAUAGUCAAACGGCCCCGGCCCGUCUCUUCGGCUACUAUCAAGAGAAACAGCAGUGCCACCUUUGACGAAGAUACGUAUGUAUUUGACCCGGAGGAGCAGAUGAUUCUUGAACUGCCACCGUCAGACUCUCCACCACAACUCGCAUCCAGCACCUUUUUACAGCCAUCGAUAUACGUUUGGCCCAAACCACCCCGGCCGGCCACCUCGAGGUCUCGCUCUACUUCACCAUCAUCGCUCUUUUCAGUAGAGGAGGCCGACAUUCAGAUUGCAAAGAGAGUGACUAUGAUGGAGCCCCGAACUCGUCCGACACUGAUCUUGAUCAACGCUCUGGGGACACGAUCAAAGUCAAAAUCUCGUCCCAGCCAUUCCCGAUCCCGGGAAAGCAGCCGCAGCCGCUCGGUGCUUGUCAAGGCCGACAACCGACUUACAGUGCCACGCUCGUCAAACCCAGCAACCAAGUCGCCGCGAGUAUCUGAGAAAAGGAGCACUAUGAAGCAGGCACCCAAGCCAGCCGCAACCCAAACCCCAGCCCUAGAAGACGUCACACAGUUCGCAACCAGUGCAACCAUCAACCGCGUCUCCGAAAUCCCUCACCUCUAUUUCCCAGCACCACCACGCACACUCCCAGGCCAAGAGUAUCGACCCGGAGCGCGAACUCCAGGCUGCGAGGGCUCUCAAAAACCAACCCCGCCACCACUGAACCUGCAUGCCCGCCGACCCCCCGCAAUGCGCAGCACAAGCGGAAACAGCGUCCACACAUACACCUCUCGUCCACCAACACCCUUCUCAACAGAGGACCCAAACGCUUUCAAGACAAAGAACUACGGCGACCUCAACAGAGUCUGCAGCCCGGCCUCAAUCUCAUCCACCUCAUCGAAGCGCAUGCCCUCAUCCUACAGCGUAUCGAAUAUUCUCACAAGCCGCUCACCACUGAUGAUGCGUCGCAUGACAAGGAAACACUCCGCGUCCAGCGUGCAUUCGCUGAGCAGUCUGCGCUCCGCGGUCGACGUCAAUGAUCCCUCUUCCUCGCAGGUCUCCGUUGCUACACAGCCAAACCCACCUCUCAGUGCCGACUCCCAUCCCGUGCGGAAGUCAAGCCAGCGUCGUCAUUUACGGCAUCAUAGUGUUAUGCCUGGGAGGGGGUUUAUGGGGUUGAAGCUCGGGAAGAAGUCGCAUGCUAAGUAA